CAAACGCUUGGAUUUGUUUAUGCGUGUUUCGACUGCGGUCUACGUUGUGUUUACGUGUGCAUAAAUCUGCAGGCGUCUCCUUGGCAAGUCCUGCCAUAUUGGCACAAAUUCCAUAUUCCUGGCACAGUCAAGUAGAACUACAGUCAGCAGCUGAGAUGAUCCACAGUCUGUUCCUGAUUAACCAGUCAGGAGACAUCUUCCUGGAGAAACACUGGAAGAGUGUCAUCGGCCGGAGCGUGUGCGAUUACUUUUUCGAGGCGAAGGAGAAGGCGGUGGAGCCUGAGAAUGUACCUCCUGUCCUGCAGACGCCACACCACUAUCUCAUCACCAUAUUCAGGGGCAAGCUCUUCUUCCUGUCAGUCAUCCAGACUGAAGUCUCCCCACUGUUUGUCAUAGAGUUCCUGCACAGAAUAGCUGACACAAUCCAGGACUACUUUGGAGAAUGCUCAGAAACUGUGAUCAAGGACAAUGUCGUGACAGUGUACGAGCUGUUGGAGGAGAUGCUGGACAACGGGUUUCCACUAGCAACUGAGUCCAACAUCCUCAAAGAGAUGAUCAAGCCUCCCACAAUCCUGCGAUCAGUCGUCAACACGCUCACAGGAGGGAGUAAUGUUGGUGAUAUGUUACCAACGGGUCAACUGUCCAACAUCCCCUGGAGGCGGGCUGGCGUUAAAUACACAAAUAAUGAGGCUUAUUUUGAUGUCAUUGAGGAAAUAGACGCCAUUGUGGAUAAAUCAGGCACAACAGUAUUUGCAGAGAUCCAGGGUGUAAUUGAAGCUUGUGUGAGGCUCUCUGGGAUGCCAGAUCUGACGCUGUCCUUUAUGAAUCCCAGUCUUCUAGAUGACGUGAGUUUCCACCCAUGCGUGCGGUUCAAGCGCUGGGAGGCAGAGCGCGUCCUCUCUUUUAUUCCACCCGAUGGAAAUUUCACACUCAUGAACUAUCAUGUCAGCUCUCAGAAUGUUGUGGCUAUCCCAGUGUACGUGAAGCAGAGCAUUAAUUUCUUUGAGUCAGGCUCAUGUGGUCGACUGGACAUCACAAUUGGACCCAAGCAAACCAUGGGGAAAACUGUGGAGGGCUUGAUGGUCACUGUCCAUAUGCCUAAAGCAGUGCUGAGCGUUAACCUCACACCUACACAGGGAAGCUGCACAUAUGACUCUGCUACAAAGGUGUUGGUUUGGGAUAUUGGGAAACUGAAUCCCCAGAAGCUUCCUAACCUGCGGGGUAGCCUGAGCAUGCAGUCAGGAGCCCCCAAACCUGAAGAGAAUCCCUCACUCAACAUUGACCUGAAGAUACAGCAGCUGGCCAUAUCAGGUCUUAAGGUGAGUCGACUCGACAUGUAUGGAGAGAAGUACAAGCCCUUUAAAGGCGUUAAAUAUGUAACUAAGGCUGGAAAAUUCCAAGUGCGGAGCUGAGCAAUGACUGUUGGGGUCGAAGGCCAACAAUUCAAGCUGCCAAAUGAGUGGUGAGGUCACCACUCAGUUGGCCUUAUAGUGUAUCCUCUGGCUUAUUGUUAAUGAAAGAGUUGCAUUUGAACAUAUUUAUUACAUGUUUGCCAUUACAUAUAAGUGACAGAAUGGUAUUUGUGACCUGUAAAGGGAUGCCUUAAUAAUCAGUGUGACCUUAUUACUUUACAGUCCAAAUGUGCUGUAUGUGUUGUAUGAUCCAUUCCUUUGGAACUUUUUGUUUUUGUUCUAACACUUGCUGAGUGCCACCUAAGGGGAAUAUUUUGGAAGAAAGGGACACUCGCAGCUCACUGCCUUUGCUCCUCACCACUCGGCACAACUACUGUACGCAAUCAUAUUAGCAUGUUGCCUGAGAGAAAGCAGCCGUGCCUAAAAAGCCUUCUAUUGCAUAAGGUAGCCACUUUUAUACUUGCGCAUAUACAGUAUAGGUAUAAGUGUGUAUUUUUAAGAAGAUGUAGUAUCUACUUUGAGUAGCUGGAAUGUGAACUGUGACCGGUAUAUUUGCACAUUUUCACUCUUUAACAUGGCCUUGCUUAAAAGUGCUUCACACUACACACAACAGCACAAACAAUACAUAUUGGCCUGAAGAAAACUGAUGACAUACACUGUAUGUAUAUCUAUGGUACAUAAUGUGUCCCUCAGGGCUUAGAAACCAGCUAUUGGUUAAUGCAGCCGCUUGGGAACACGUAUAAAAAGCACUCAGAAAUCAGCAUUAUACUCACACAGUCUUAACUUACAGCAUUAGCACAAUCAAUUCUUUGUGUGGAUAUUACUCAAAGCUUCUGUAUAUGGUGAAUUUAUAGUUCAGUGGAUGAGAUGCCUUAUAAAACCCUUUAAAAUUA